AUGGAUCAAUGUUUAAUCACUGAAUACAAAACAACUAUCGUCACCUCCUGUGAGACUGUAAGAGAGUACAACUACCUCCCUGGUCAAGAUGUGCUUCUGGAAAACCGUUACACUGAGCUCCUGAUUAUUCAGAGACACAGAGUUCCGAAGGAGAGAGAGGAGGAGCUCCGUUCAAGAGGUGACACCCUUCAGGAUCAUCUCCAAAACAGGGCCACUGAGGCACACAUUGAUCUCAACCAGCUGUUCAAGUCCAAUGACCAUGAACCGGUGCGGAGAGCGGUCAUUCUCCAGGGUCAUUCCGGUCAUGGCAAGUCCUUCACUGUCCAAAAAAUCAUGCAUGACUGGGCAUCUGAACUCCUGUUCAAAGAUUUUUCUCUUGUAUUUCUUCUUAACUGCAAAGAACUUAACCUCCUCACUGGAGAGCACAGCCUGGUAGACCUCCUGGGGUGUGAUCAGAAAUUUACCCCAGUGAUUUUAAAGAUCCUGCAAGACUUCCCUGCGAAGGUGCUCUUUGUUAUAGAUGGCUUUGAUGAGCUCAGGUUCUCAUUGAAUGAAAUAAUCUCAGUGCUUCCUAGUGAUCCAUCUAUGCGUGCUCCAAUCGAGGCCACACUGAGUGCUCUACUGAAGGGGAAACUUUUGGGCCAGAGCUUUCUUCUGGUCACCACCAGGUCCACUUUUGCAGACAAACUAGGUGAGCUGCUAAAAAAACCACAACGCUUCACAGAGAUCCUGGGCUUCUCUGAGGACGGAAUGAAGGAGUACUUCCAGAGGUUCUUUCAUAAUACAGAGCUCUCUGAAAAAGCUUACAAUCAUGUGAGAGCAAAUGAAACACUCUUCACUUCCUGUGUCGUCCCCGUCAUCUGUUGGAUUGUGUGCACUGUUUUCAGAGAGCAUUUCCAAGAAUCGGUAGAUGCACAUGGAGCCUUUGAGACAACGAGUUCCAUAUUUAUGCACUUCAUCGAAACUCUGCUGAACUAUCACUGUAAAGAUUCGAGAUGUUCUGACCUCACAUCUCUGAGAAGUCUUUGCCAGCUGGCAGAGAAAGGAAUGCAAGAACAUCAGGUCUUGUUUGAUGGUAAGAAAGUGUCUGAGGUGUUGACGGAUAUGCGUAACCCCUUCUUGUGCAAAUUCCUGAUGAAGAGGAAGGUCUCUCUUGAAACCAUGUACAGUUUUAUGCACCUGAGCUUCCAGGAGUUCUUUGCUGCACUUAAUUUCUUCCUGAUAGAGGAUGAAGAAGAGGCCUGUGGGAAACUACAGAUAUUACUUAAGUCCACUACAGAUGAAGUUCAAUUUGUUUGGCACAUCGAAGGAAAUGGGAAGGAUCGUGUUGUUCAGUUUCUUUUUGGUUUGUCAAAUAGUGAUGUUUCCCCAUUUGUGAAAAGUGCCUCUUGGGUAGCUAUUCAAACCCAGUUGAAAGAGUGGCUUCUGAGUGUAAUAAAAAUGAAGAGAUACAGUAUGCGCUGCAUUAGUGAUCCUAUGUUGUUUACUCUGCACUGCCUCUACGAGAUCCAUGACAAGGACUUUGUCAUGCAUGUUAUUGAAAGCUUGGAAUGGAUUGAGUUUAGCACUAAUGAUCUGCAGAGGACAGACUACUGGGUGCUGCUGUACUGCCUACAGUGCUGUCAGAGUGUCAGAAGCCUGAGCCUAUGCAGGCUAACAGCAGAGAACCUGAGAAUGCUGGCGCCUGGACUGUGCAAAUGUAAAGAGCUAAGGCUUGAAGUCGACCUGUCAGAUGCUUAUGUUGGUGAUCUGAUCUCAGCCCUGGGGGAAGGGAAAAUUAUCCAUGAACUGAGAAUAGAGAGCAGUCUGUCAACUGAGAGUGUGGAGCGUAUCCUCAGGGCUCUACUCAAGCAGAAAAUUCUCUGA